GGUUAGGUUCUUCGCUAAUUUCAAAGUCUCGUUUAUAUAUAUUUUUAUUUCCUUUUAACCUUCUCGUGAGCUCUGUGAAGCAUUUCAUCAGAAAAGCCAAAUCGAGGAAGAAUCUUUUGGAAUGCGAAGGUAAUCCAUAAUCUAAAACCAUAAGAGCUUGAACCUUUAUGAUGUUGACGCAUUGAUUUCUGUUUUUCUUUUUAUCUGUUGAUGGAGUCGUUUUACAUUUACGAGAUUGUAAUUUGGGGAUCUGAUGGGUAUUUGACGUGAAAUUUAACGCUGGUUAUGUUUGAGUUUUAGCGCUUUGGUUUGUGGGUUUUGUUGUUUGGUGCAUGGGAUCGACAUUGUAUUAGCAUUCUUACAGGAUGUUUUAUUAAAAUCAGCAUUUUAAUUUGAAGGUUUGGGUAACUUAGGAGUUAAGGUUGUAGAGUUGGGUUUAGUUAAGAAUAAGAACUGUUAUUGGAGAGAUUUAGGUUUUUGAGGAUUGUUUAGUAUGGAUGGUGUUGGACAAGUUUCUGAAUCUGGGUCUGGACUAUCUAGUCCACAAGAGAGGUGUCCUAAGCAAGGGUCACCUAUUAGGGGUGGUGGAUCAAGGAAUACGAGUCUUGGUCGUGUAGGGUCUAGAAAUACUAGCCCUUCUAGGCAAAAGGUGAUUAAGACUAAACCUCGUGGUUUAGAUGAGGAGACAGCUGCUACGUUUGGCAAAGCGGUUCAACCAGAUGUUCAAAUGGAAGACAACAUCUGGUCACUGUUACCAGAAGACUUGUUAAAUGAGAUUUUGGCUAGGGUUCCUCCAUUUAUGAUCUUUCGGCUUCGUUCUGUUUGUAAGCGCUGGAAUUCAAUUCUUCAGGAUAGUAGUUUUCUUAAAUUCCAUUCACAGGUGCCAUCGCAUGGGCCUUGUCUUCUUACAUUUUGGAAGAACGCACAGACAACACAAUGCUCUGUUUUUAGCUUGCCACUGAAAACAUGGUAUAGGAUUCCAUUUGCUUUUUUGCCUCAGUCAUUCUGGUUGGUUGGUUCUUCAGGUGGCCUAGUUUGUUUUUCUGGGCUUGAUGGGUUAACUUUCAGAACAUUAAUCUGUAAUCCGCUAACCCAAACUUGGAGGACAUUGCCAAGUAUGCAUUAUAAUCAGCAAAGACAGUUAAUUAUGGUUGUUGAUCGCAUUGACCGGUCGUUCAAAGUGAUUGCCACUAGUGAUAUAUAUGGUGAUAAGUCAUUGCCUACUGAAGUGUAUGAUUCAAAACUUGACAGGUGGUCUGUCCACCAGAUAAUGCCUGCAGUUAACCUUUGCUCCUCAAAGAUGGCGUAUUGUGACUCUCGGUUAUACUUGGAAUCUCUUUCACCACUUGGGCUGAUGAUGUAUCGGCUAGACACAGGUUGCUAACACAUUCCUGCUAAGUUCCCACGGUCUUUGUUGGAUGGCUAUCUCGUUGCUGGUACACAGAAGCGCUUGUUUUUAGUUGGAAGGAUUGGUCUUUAUAGUACUCUCCAGAGUAUGAGAAUUUGGGAAUUGGAUCAUGCGAAAAUUAUGUGGGUGGAAAUAAGCAGGAUGCCGCUGAAGUACUUUCAAGCUUUACUAAGGCUAUCGGCUGAGAGAUUUGAGUGCUUUGGACAGGAUAAUUUGAUUUGCUUCACAUCUUGGAACCAGGGGAAGGGCCUUCUCUAUGAUGUGGAUAAGAAGAUAUGGUCUUGGAUUGCUGGGUGUGCUCUUCAGUCAUACAACAGCCAGGUCUGUUUUUAUGAGCCCAGAUUUGAUGCUUCCCCUGGCUGACAAGGAAAUUUUAACGGGAUGGCUUCCAUUUUAUGUGCUACAGAGACUUAUGGGGGAAUUAUCUUCAUUUCUUAUCCCUUAUUUUACUAAAGCCAUCUUUUGACCUGUAUACAAAUUUUUAUGAGGAUCUCUAUGCUUAUAAGCUGAGUUAUUAUUCAAAUUUAGCUGUUUUGCAUGCUGCAGUCCAUGGAGCAGUUUUUGUUUAUAAAAAAAAUAUGAUUUCAUGUGUAUCAGGGCUCUGUAUAUUGGGCACUGUUGUACUUGAUAACUUGAAUAGUGAUGGGAUUCAAAAAGGAUGUACACAUAGCAGGUGAUGUUUGGGGAACAAGCGUGGAAAAAAAUUUUCUUAAUUUUUUACACCUUUUGCAAGUUGCAUACAUUAAACUAUAAUAACUUCUUUAUCUGUUAGC